UCUGAGGAGCACAGUUUCUUCUGGACGAUCACUUACACGAUGCUCGGCGCGUCUUUUUUCCUUUCGUUCGUCGCAAUGACCGCGGCAGCGACUACGAUGACGAAGGCACCGACAAGAGCAGUCGUGAAGAUGACGAUAGGGACGGCAGCGUUGCCGCAAGGCUUUGAAGAAGCUCGACUGUUCGGACAAUCCACUUCUACACAGCUAACUUUAUCCACCACCACUACCCCGUUGACAUGCGUUACUAUCAAUCAACCCGGACUAUGCAACAAACGCCGAAGACGCCGGGACUCGGAAACUCGAUCACGCGCUCCACCGACUCUGAAGAACGUCUUUGAAGGGGCCGAGCUCUCCAGCUCCUUACUGGACUCCAGCCGUCCAGAUGAAGAAAUCACGGCUAAAUCCUACCGUGGCUUACUGACUUUCUGGCAAUUCUCAACGUCCACAGUAGUUCUUACCUCCAACAUGACCACCUUCGUUAAUUUAAAUCGACUUGUCAAUAUUUUCCUUGGCGUAUUGGGGUGCUCAGCGACUCUUUGUUUAACUUCAUAGAUCAUUGCAAGAAAAUUUCAUAGUACAUGUCAUGUUAAAUUUGAUCUGAAACUAUAUUCAAUAUUCUAAUAUCAUACAACAUUAAUGAAUAUAUGAACACAGCAAAACUGAUAGUGAGUGAUUAUUAUCAUAACUAGAAUCCAGGCCAAAACUUAUGCAAUGGACCAUAAAAAUGUCCCUACCAAACCUCUAUUGAAACCAAGGAACUUGCAAAAGAAGGUCUGUCAAUUACAAUGAAGCUACUAUGUAAUUCCGUCUAUCAUAUGUUUAUGUUUUCUAACUGCGUGUCUUAAAAAAUAUGUUUUUUACUCAGCAUUAUUAAGCCUGGAAUAUAAUAAACUUUCGCAUAUGAAUAUUUCAUUAUUGAUAUGUUUGGAAUUACUUUCGGUUCACAGCUUAGUAAGUAAAGUAAAACGUACCUCAAACACUCACUGUUCCAAUAAACACAGUUACAGCAACGAAAUAUUGCGAACGUGUUAAACUUAUAAUCAUUGAAUGGAACACUAUUUAUUGAUGGCGCCUACGGUCCAUCAAGAAAUAAAACCUUACUUCAAAGGAAUCGAUCCUGAUGUAGUAAUUAGCAUCCGUUAGCUGCACGAGUUUUCUAACUAUUAAUUGGUAGAUGAGUAACGUUC